GGUGUUAAGACACUUUGUUCAGCCAGAAAGACUCUCAUAAAACGUACCGAGAGUAAAGUACGGCUUGGUGAAUGGCGUAUCAUAGACACAUUUACAGUGUCUCAAGCGAGAGGACAAUACCGUCCCACAGACCAUACUUACAAGAUGUCCAUCAUUGAAGACACCUCUAUUGACCAGAGUACUUUUGAGUGUGAUGAUGAGUUCCAGAAUUUCCCCCCUUUUGAAGAUAUUGGAAAUGGAACUCUGGAUACUCACAUCCUUAUCG